AUGGCUGGCACGGGUGCGUCCAGCCCAUUCAUCAAGGACGAACCCGAAGAUCAAUUCUUCUCGUCCCAUAACAACCAACGAUUCAUUGGAGGCGCCCAACAGGGCUUCAACAUACCGCAGCAACAUUUCAACCAAUUUGGCCCACACGGAGGAAGCAUCAAUCCAAGCGACCUCACGAUGGGUACGAAUGGCGUCGCCAUCCCGAAUGGUGGAUAUGGAUCUUCUUUCCAAAAUAACUUCAAUGCCCAGGCAUCAAAUCCUAGCGCAAGUUUUUCGAAGGGCAUCUCGACAUUUGGUGAUGACGAACUACUUGACAGCCUGGGAUCUUCAAAUCAAGCGGGAAUGCAGAGCAACGGCCAAGAGUUUGGCAUGGACUUCGAUUUCCCCCAGAACAUGUACAACGGCCAAAAUGGUGCUGCGGCGUUAUCGGUCGACCCAAAUCACAUAAAUGGGUUCUCGAACACUCCGGAUGGAGAUCCAAUCCAGAGCCCUUUUGUUCACAACUUUAACCACGCACAAUUUCGACAUAUGCAGCCUCAACACGCCUUCGGAAACUCUUUACACUCGCCCAAUUCCUAUACUGGUUCACCCGUUCCUGGAUCAGACACACGGGAUGCAAGCAAUUACGCAAAACAACGGCCACGGUUGUCCCAAGUAAUGCAAGGCAGAAAGAGCUCUAAUACCAGAAGCCCGUUGACCCCAAAGACUCCGGUCAUGUCAGCUCUUCAUAUUGGUUCUGCCGAACAUUCAAACUUCCCAACAGAGCCCAUUCGAACCUCACACAAUCACCGACAUCAGAAGACUCUGUCUGGUCAGUGGGACCAGACUCCAAGCAGUCUCAACUCUUUCGGCGGUUCGGAUUUCUCACCAAUUCAAGGCAUCCAUCCGAAUCCGGCAAUCUCUGAUAUCCUCAAAGGCACGUCAAUGCCAGCGAAGCUGAAUAACGGUCACCAAGCUGGCAGUGCUCCAGCGUUACAGUCUCAAGAAAUGAAGAGGAGAAGACGACGCGAGUCUCACAACUUGGUAGAACGUCGAAGACGCGAUAACAUCAACGAACGCAUCCAAGAAUUGAGUCACCUUGUUCCCAUGCACCGGCUGGAAGAUGAGAAAGUCCGCAAAGCACUGCAGAACAACUCGCCGUUGUCACCUACCCUCGCAGGACUGUCAGCACCACCCAGCGGUAUGAGCCCCCCUCAAGCUACAUCGGGGCUAGCUGGGCCAGGAGCACGAAGAGCCACUGCUGGCAAUAUCACCACAGGCAUCCCAAUUGAAGAAAAGGAUAAAGGCCCCAACAAAGGCGACAUUCUCAACGGUGCCGUGAGCUGGACUCGCGACUUGAUGUGGAUGCUUCAUCUUAAGCUUCAACAGCAAGAGGAUCUUGCAAACAUCAUUGCCGAAUUGGGCGGAACCUUCCCAUUUGAAGAGACCGAGGAUGAGAAGCGAAUGCACACCGAGCUGAUGGAUGCUAUGUUGAAGAAUGAUGGGGCAAAAUUCCACUAUUCACGCGCUCCCGGAAGCGGUCUUCGAGUUCCAAAGCACACCGAUGUCAAGGGGGAUGCUAUCGGUAGUUCAGCUCAAGGAGGUCAACUCGACACAUCGUUGAGCCCCGACAAUCACAGUACUGGUGAUGCUGGCAAUGCAGGCAUGGGUGGUCCAGGCCAGUAUUGGAGUGGACACAACAGUGGUGGCAGUGGCGCAGGCUCGAUAAGCUUCAAGGAAGAAGACGAGUAUGGAAUGGAUCUUACUCAAUAA